UUGAACCAUUGCACAGAGGUCUAGUCAGAGCUCACGACGGUCACAUUUUAAGUUUAGAUUCUUCCGGAAUUUUACAAUUCAAAUGGGAUGUCAAGAAUGAUAGCCCUACAAUGUUUGAAAUUUCAAAAGAUGGUGAACUUCUUGAUUACAAAGGAGAACGUGUUUAUUGGAUACCAAAAGAUGAUGGAUUAAGGGAGAAAAAGUAUUGGUUUAAGGUUGAAAAGUUUGGACCUAACGAGUUCUUUUUAAAAGCAAUGGUAUCGGAAAAUAGAGAAACUGGAAAAUAUCUUGCGUUUACUUUAGAAGAUUUGACAUUGAAGGAUCAAACUUCAGCUUCAUCUGAAUUCAUUAUUGCCAAAGAAGUUUAA